UAUGGAACAACGUUUACGAUAUACGUGCUCGGCAAAUUAGAGACAAUAACUGGAAAAGAAACAAUUCGUGAGGUAGUCAAAAACGAUGAUCUUAGUUUUUAUGAUAGUCCUGAUAUGAAUCCUACCAGUACAUCUCUUAAAAUAGUGAAAAAGCUCGUCAUAACAAACGUAAAGCAUCUUAUAAGUAGGUUACAACGAUCUAUUACAAAUCAUAUAGAUACCUAUAUUGGCGAAUGUGUUGAACCAAAGGUUAUUAGUGACCCAUAUGAAUUUUUAUAUACUAUGAUUUCGGAAUUAGCUGCUAAUAUUAUUGUUGGUGAAGAAUGUUGUCAAUAUGAAGAUAUUUUAGAAACUUUUAGAAAUUUAACUUAUUCAGUUAUAAGAAUUUUUUUUGCACCAAAAUUAUUAUUCUUUAUACAUCCCUGGUUUCAUAAACAACUUAUAAUAUUUCCUUUAAGGUUUAUUUCAAACCAUAAAGACGUAAUUAUCAAUCGUAUCAAACCAAUUAUCAAAAAACGCCUUGCAAUUAAAAAGAAAUUAGGCGACGAUUGGGUUGCUCCUGUAGAUGCACUACAAUUUUUAUUAAACGAGCCCUUUAUAGCUCCAGAUGUCGAUCCAAAUAAUGCACGUCUUAUUCGUACUUCACAUCUUUUACAAG